UGCAUCAAUAAUGGGAUAACAGUGACUACAAUAUGUCAGCUACAACAUAUAUUAUUGACUUCAUUCAGCCAGACCGACAUAAUUCCCAAUAGGAUCUCAUAUGAUCGAUCUCCAAGUUCAUUGUGGAUUAAGGUUUUCAUGGAGAUCGAUCUCGAUGUGUAUUAUGACAAAUCCAACUCUUCAGGCAGAUCGACUGUGCUAUGUCUUCUCUAGCUUAAGCAGCUGCAGCAUAACAAUGAUCAUAGUCCUUACAGCUAUUACACCACGUGACUGACAAUACUACGUAG